AUGCUUGAGAUGAACACAGACACUGUGCCAGUGCCAGUUUCAAUGGAUGUCUCUCUCUGGUCCACUCAUGAUCUGGAAAUCAUUAUAUCCGAACACAAGUACCUGCCUGGGAAAGAAUGGCUCAAGAAUCUUUCACUACUAGAGCCACGGACCAGUCAUUCAUCUUCAGUAGUAGCAAGCCCAUCUGGCGAUAUAUUUAUAUUUGGCGGGAAGCUCAAUGGAGAUCGCGAACUUAUGAAAAUGACGGCACGUCUGGUGCAGACUACUGGAACAGUACCUAGCCCACGACAUGAUCAUGCAAGCGUACUCACGGAAAAAUGGCUAGUUGUAUGGGGUGGCGAUACUGGGUUGCCUCAGAGCGACAAUAACGUUUAUCUGUUGGAUAUUACUACGUACGUGUGGUCUCGACUGGAUCUCCAACCUGCGCCGUGCCCUCGUGGAAGUCAUCCCGUAUGUAUAUGCCAAAACCAGCUCGUUGCUUUUGGUGGAUGCGACGAUCAUGGCCGUAGUCUUAAUGAUUUAUGGAGUUUGGAUCUAGACUCGUUGACACAGAAGACAGCCAAAUGGAAAGAAAUCAAAGUUUCACGAGGCCGAUCGCCAUUCAAGAGACAUGACCAUGCCAUGGUUGCAUAUAAAAACAAACUAUACGAGUUUGGUGGAUACUACGACGGUGAUGCUAUAUUCAACGACACAUGGUGCUUUGAUAUGAAUACUAAAACCUGGACUGAGUUGGAUUGCACCGGGCCCACUCCUCCACGCCGGUCAGGACAUGCAGUGGCCCUUGUUGGGGACGUCGUAUACAUGUUUGGAGGGUGGCCAGACCAUGGAGAGCUAGGAAAUACUUGGUGCUUUAGAAUCACUGAAAAAAGGUGGUACCCGCUCCCUGACAUGGGUUUACGGCCCUCAUUAAGCCUAGGACAUACCCUGGCGACAAUUGGAGAUCGAGUGAUCUACGUUGGGCAGGGGGAGAUAUAUGACGAGCAAACUAGCAAGCCCCGACUUAUUUACGUUUUGGAUACAGCCAGCAUUAAUUUGCACCCCGAAAACUCGGGUGAAGGAAGAGUUACUCCUGAUACCAUUACCGGUGUUAUGCCUAUCACAGAAGUAUUUACACAUCUCACGAGCCACAACUGUCACGAUAUCACCCAAGAGUUCAAUGAGUCUCAUAUAACUCAAUAUCCCGUCUCGAAUGGCGGAAACGGCGAUGUGUAUCGUGCUGAACUACAUGAUGGCAGUCCAGUGGCGCGCAUGGCCCACGAAUUAUCGCUGCGCAUUGGGGCGGGGGUGAACGAAGUUCAUGGAGACUUGAAGCCUGAGAAUAUUCUGAUAUCAGACGACUACAUCCCCAAGUUGACCGACUUUGGGAAUGCAAUGUUGACGGAAUAUACUCUCCAGUUCACGCAGACCACUUCUAAAAUAGGCUUUUCUCUGCGAUAUGCAGCGAGUGCUUUGGAGGAGAAAGCAACGCAAGCAAGCGAUGUCUUUGCUCUUGGGAUGGAGGUGAUUGCACGAACGGUACCUUAUGGUCAGGCAAAAGACCCAGCAAUCGUCAGAAACAUAACCAUUGGAAAGUAUCCUUCUCGUCCCGAAAUGUAUAUGCCAAGUGGCGUGGAACAAGCGGACCUUUUAUGGGAUAUGAUCACCCGCUGCUGGGCAUUCGGUCCUAAUGAAAGACCGAAGGCACGGGAGAUAAAAGACGUGGCCAUACUCGACACGGAGUAUCCCAAAAACGAAAACGCUAACGAAAACGUCGAUGAAUUGAUUGACUCCAUUAGAUCUUUUCGUGAUGCUAGUGCGAUUACCUGUUUCGAUAGAGUACCGGUUCUUUUAAUAGGCAGGCUAUUCGAGCAGUAA